GUGAUCAGAGGAGUUUGUGCGAGCGGGGUAGAAAGGGUCGGGAGCCGGCGGCGGCGGCGGCUUCUCCAUACUUCGGACCCCAGCCUCUGUCGCCUUGCCAUUGGGACUUUUCUGGAGGAACUAGUUCUUAAUGUAGAGUGAUACAGCACACACAGAAACUACUUGUACAGUGAAGCCUUAAAAUAUUGUCUUCAAACUGUUGGACUCUCACCUUUCCAAAAUAAACCUGUUGAAAUCCAGUGGAAUCAAAGCUGGACUGUUGCUGUCAGUCAAAGGAUGCCUGGAUUCCCAUUGUUAGUGGAAGGACUGCCCGUCAGUCUUGACUCAGUUAAAAAUAAACUAGCCAUCUAUUUUCAAAGCAAGAAGAAAUCUGGAGGCGGUGAAUGUGAGAUUGAAGCUCACCCUGAUCCAACAAAAUUCUUAGUGUAUUUUGAAAGUGAAAAAGUGCAGAAAAAUGUUGCGAAAAAUGAGAUCCACAUGGUGCAGCUUCUGGGACCAAAGCCAGUCAGUCUUCGCGUUACAAUCUUUGAGGGGGACGAUGAUACAGAAAGUUCUGUGAACCCCAUUGGAGUGACACCUGAUGCCAACAGAGGGCCAGCAGUAGAACAAAGUUUACUGUUGACCGCUUCGAACAAACCGAGUGAACAUGAACAGAGCCAGCAAAAGGAAGUUCAGAUUCCAGAAACUCCACCACUACAUCAAGAGUCAGAAUUCUCUUCCAACCAGCUCCUGGUUACCAGCAACUGUCCAGUUGAUACAGACUUGGUUGCAAUGUUUUUUGAAAAAUUUUCACCAGAUUUGGAAGUUUCUGCCAACAAUGAAUGCUCUUGGAUUUUGACCUGCUUUAGCCAACAUGACCUAGAAAAAAUUUUUUCACAAAAGCUGUAUACCAUCGCUGGCAAAACAUUGAAAGUGCAAUUAUAUGAUAAGCGUAAAGAAGAUGAGAAGUAUGAACCCAGGAAGUUUAUUCUUAAGGGUUUUGAUGGUUUCUGUAAGCUGCACCAUAUUGAACUUUACAUUGAUAGCCUCAGCAGCAAUGUAAGGCAUGAUAUUGAACCUCUGCAAGAUGGUACAACAGUGGCGGUCACAUUUAAAGCUGAUAUAGAUGGGAAUGCUUUUGUACGUAAUUGUCAUCAGAAGCCAUUUGAAAACUACAGUAUCACCGCCAGUCGCCUAGAGAAGACUGAUUCUGUGCAAUUAGAAGAACUUCAUCCCAGAGCCACAGAAGAAUUGCUGGAGCUGUACUUUUCAAAUACCAGUCGCAGUGGUGGGGGAGAAAUUGCAGACAUUCAGAUGAACCCCCAUGAAAGAAGAGCGAUUAUACGUUUCUGUGAUCCUGAAGUGGUAAGAAAAGUCACCGAAAGGAAACAUUCCUUAAAGGAUUCUCCUCUGACUGUUAGCUGCUAUUACCGUGACCUGCAGCUAUCCCUGUAUGGAGCUAAUCGUUCAAGAGUCAACUUUCCUGAGCCAUUUAGCAUUUAUUUCAAUCCCUCACUUCUAAACUACAUCCAGACUAAUAAGCAGCAUUACACUCAUGAGCUGGAACAAAUUUCAAAGGAUUUCUAUUGUAAGAUAAUUUUUGAACACACUCCAAAUUCAAGGGAAGUAAAUCUGAAACCUUCUUUAGAUUCAAGUUUAUUGCUGUGGUACAAAGUUGCGAAGAAUUGGAAGAAGCUUGCUACAGAGGCAGUUGAGAAGUUUAUGAAGAGAUUUGACUUCAAAGACUUCCCAAUAGAUCAAGAUUUGUGGAAAAAAGUAGAGUGCAAUGUUAAACAACUCAAGUUACCCUGCUUAGAUAUCCUUCACCUUCCAAAAGAAAACAAAAUAGUUGUUGUUGGGGAAGAGAGGAAUGUUUUGGAUAUCUCCAGAAAGCUACAAGCUAUUUUAGAAAAUGAAAGGAACACUAUUGAAGAGGAGAUUAUAUUCGAAAGUUUGGAGGAAUUGGAGUUUUUGCAAACUACAUUAAAAGAGAACAUUUCCUUUGUGAAGAUAUCUCCCAGCAGUGUUAACAGUGCUUUAAAACUUAAAGGAUUGAAAGAGAAAGUUUGCCAAGCUGAAGAACUCAUCAGUAUCUUCCAAUCACAACUGGAAAAGAAGCCUCUUAAACAGUCCUCCCACAUGAAAGAUUUCAUAAAAUCCUUGGAUCUCAAGAAAAUUGUGCAAACUCAUUUUGUUCCAAAUAAAAUUCAGGCUACGCUAAUGAUUAGGGAGUCUGUUGAACUCUUGGCUUUCACGGCUGAUAUAAAGAAAGCAGAAGAUAAGAUAAAGGAGCUAUUCCAAGAAGAGGCAGUUACCAUCAUUCCAGAUCAAAUCCAAGUCACCCAGGAUGACAAGUGGACUAAGUUCCUUGAUGAUUUAAAAGCUCAGCACAAAUCCAAUUGCAGAAUAGUGGAGAAGAAGAAUCCAGCCUCUAUAAUCAUUGUUGGAUUUUCAAGCCAUGUUGUAGAUGUUGCAAAUGUACUGAAAAGUUAUUUAAAUAAGAAGCAGAUCACCAUAAAGUUCAUUUCUGCAGAAGUUGUCCAAGUAAACUACAUGAAAAAAUUUGCAAUUUUCAAUGAAUUCCAAAGCAAAGGAGUUAACAUUUCGUUUAUCAGAGCACCUAAUCCAGGUUUUCAAGUAACUGAUUCAGCAGAACAAAUAGAUGAGAUAGUUUCUGCUAUUAAGAAUAAGUUAUCACUAGUUCAUAAACAAACCUUCACUUACUCCGAGGUUGGAGAGUCGACUGCCCUUGACAAGAAUAAAGCCGCUCUACAAGUCAACGCUGAAGUUCAUGGGUGCAUGGUGCUCAUUAAUGUCAAAGAAGAACUUCAGAGUGGAGUAGACCUUACAAAGCAUGUUAGGGGACAAGGCAGCAAGGACGUUAAACUGGGCACAACUGGAGGUGCAUCUUUUUUUAAUUCUCUGCAGCAGGUUUAUAAAUCAUUAUCUAAAUUUCUCUGGGGCCCAACUGUAAAAAUAUGUGGAAUAACAGUACAACUGAAGAAAGGUGAUAUCACCCAGGAAAGAACAGACAUCAUAGUGAAUUCUACAAAUGCGAAUUUCAGUUUAAAUUCCGGUGUCUCUGGUGCAAUACUAAAAGCUGCAGGUAGCUCUGUACAGGCGGAAUGUAAUUCUCAAGUUUCUCAACCAGAUGGGAGUAUUGUCGUGACCAGCGGUGGCCAGCUGCGGUGCCAAUAUAUUGUGCACGUGGUACGUGCAGUGAACCCAGCUAGCAUCACUGCGUCUGUAAACAAGGUCCUUCAGGAAUGUGAGAAGCUGAAUGUCACCACGGUCUCAUUCCCAGCCUUGGGGACAGGUAAAGGUGGGGUCACUGCUGAAGCUGCCAUCAACGCAAUAUUCGGAGGACUGGAGAAUUAUUUCUUGAAUGUUUCAUCAUCUUGCAUGAAAGCCAUUUCCAUUGUUGCCUUUGAAACGCGCAUAUAUGAUUAUUUUGCUGACUUUUUCAAUAAAAGGGCACAAAACUCCACUGCAAGUGCAACGGGUACAUCUCAAGUCACCGUGAAUUCAUCAGUUCAACAAAAAGCCCUGUUACCUACACAGCUGAAAAUCCAAAACACUAUUGUAGAGGUAAAGGCAGGGGAUAUAACGCAAGAAAAUGUCGACGCAAUAGUAAAUUCCACAAAUACUUCACUGAAUCUCAAUUCCGGUGUCUCUAAAGCAAUAUUAACAAAAGGUGGGCAGACUGUCACUGAUGAAUGCAAGAACUUGGUCCCUCAGCCUAACAACGGAGUUGUCGUCACUGGAAGUGGACAACUUCCCUGCAAACACAUCAUACACAUGGUUGGCCAGACAGAUCCAGCUCUGAUUACAGCUUCAGUAGAAAAAGUAUUGGAGGAAUGUGAAAAGAACAAUGUUACUACAGUUUCUUUCCCUGCUCUGGGAACAGGUGUAGGAAAGGUCAACUUCGAAGACUCUGCCGAAAGCAUGCUGGUUGGAUUUGAAAAUCAUCUGAUACGAAACCAGCAAUCAGUUAUUCAAUUCAUUUAUAUGGUUGCCUUGGAGCCCAAUGUGCACAAAGUUUUCAGUGAUGUCUUGCAAGAAAAUUCACAGCAGAAACUGCAAACAUUUGGAAUGGACGUUGGCAAUGUAAAAGUGGUGGUUGCCCAAGGAAACAUUGUUAAAGAAAACACAGAUGCAAUUGUAAACUCUACAAAUGUCCACCUGAACUUAAAUACAGGGGUAUCUCAAGCUAUUCUGAAAGCAGGUGGUCAACAAUUAGAGAAUGAAUGUAAGGCACUGGGAGUCCAAAAUGAAAAUAGUGUUGUGACCACAGGGGCAGGAAAUAUUCAUGUAAAAUAUGUAAUACAUAUGGUUGAAUGGACAAAAGCAAAUGACAUAAAAGGAUCUAUUGGCAAAGUUCUAGCUGAAUGUGAAAAAGUCCAAAUCAAUUCUGUAUCUUUCCCAACCGUUGGAACAGGAGCUGGAAAACUACAUCCCACUGUUGUUGCAAAUGCACUUCUGGAUGCAGUACGUAAAUAUGUGACAGACUAUGUUCCAUCGGCACUCUCUGAGAUAAGAAUAAUAUUGUUCACUCCAAUAACAGCAAAUCUCUUUCACAAGUGUAUGAAGCAACGUUUCAAAACUUGGCAGUAUGAUGAACCAACAACUUCACUUUUGGACCUUGGUCAUCAAGUUGAAGAGGUCAAACAAAUUGAAUAUGUUUAUCCAAUCAUUCUAAAUGCAAAAAAGCGGUUGACCAGCACAAUUGAGAUAUACGGCAUGUCGAACAAAAAUAUCGAUGGGGUUCGAAAGGAUAUUGAAAAACUAAUUAAGGAUAAUUGUAAAAGCAAAACAAUAGAAAAUGGAGGCACGCCCUACUGUUCUCUCGAUCAAAUGCAAGAACUUGUAGAUUUCUGUGAGAAUCUACAACUCAGAGUUGAAAUCCAGCUAAACGACAUAAAAAUAAGUGGAUACACUGAAGCAUGUCUAGAAUUCAUUACGAAAUUUAAUUCCGUGGUUCAUUCUGCCAAGGACCAAAUGAACAGGAAACAGGAAGAGGCUCAGAUCAAGGCAUUUGUGCAGUGGGAGAUCACGUAUCAAGGAAAAUUUCAAUCAUGCAACCAGUCUCUAAACUGUGACCUUGAGAAAGCUUACCGGCAGAAAAUGAAAACCCUAACAGACAAGAAAAAUGGUGAAACUUACACUGUUGACUUCAAGAAAAUGCAAUUGACAGAUUCAAAAGGAAAGAUGUUUGCAAUUAACAGGAAGCUUCUUGAAGGAGGUGGAUUUGAACUCCCAGGAUUCUGGAGCGACAUGAACGGUCAAGAAUUUCAGCAGGUGGAACUUCUAAAUGGCACCCAGGAAUACAACGAGGUGGUAGACAAAUUCAAGAAAUCUUGUAAAAAUUACUUGGUGAAAAUAAUCAAGAUUGAAAGGAUCCAGAAUCUCAAGCUUUGGCAAAGUUAUUCUGUCAGAAAGCAAACAAUUGAAAGAAAGAUUCCUGGAGAAAAUGUUGAACGGAUUCUUUAUCAUGGGACUACCAAGGAAAUUACCCAAAAAGUGAAUGUGACUGGUUUCAAUAGGAGCUUUUGUGGUAGAAAUGCUGUUGCAUAUGGAAAAGGCACUUACUUCGCCUUGAAUGCCGCUUAUUCGUGUGACAACAAGUAUGCCAGCCCUGACAAUGAUGGAAGUAAAUUCAUCUACCAGGCACGGGUGAUCACUGGGAAUAUGUGUGUUGGACAUAACCAAUUGCUAGAGCCAACACCAGUAGAUGCACAGCGAGAUCCAAACAACCUAUGCGACUGUGCCGUGGAUAAUUUAACAAAACCCACCAUCUUUGUUGUUUUUUGUGAUGACGGAGCAUAUCCAGAAUAUCUAAUAACCUUUAAAAUAGAAGCACAGUGAGGCUGAAGUAGCGUACUUUGCUGACAUCACUUUAUUUAGUGUUUUGUUUUUCAAUAUUUUUGCUUAUAUCUGAUUUAUUUAGAAUUGUAUAAAUUGCAUUCUUGCCAUUAAUGAUUCAUUCUGUUAGCCUCAUAAAACAUAAUGCACUAUUUUUAAACAAUUUAUUGCUAAAUGAAUAAAAGCAGCAAUCUUAACUCAGGGAUGGAAUGUAGGGACUGGCAAAGCAAUUGGGGAUUUACCUGGACACUUGAAGUACAAAUUUUUGACUUCUAAGGUUUAUUAACAUUUUUAAAAACUGACUCUUACUCAAGUCUAUCAUUUUUGAUCAAUCCUGUUAUUCUGAAAUACAACAAAUGACGUAAGAUGAGGAGUGACCUUGGCCGGAGAAGUAGAAAAGAUCGAUCUCCUACAGCAGAGGAGUCAAGUAACAUGGAGAAGAAAAGAGAGUUAGGUAAGAUGAUUGGGGACAGGUGAGACUUUAACUGAGAAUGACAGAGGCUGAAGCUUGCCUUACAAAAGUGUGUGAGAGUCAGAAACCCUCAACAGAACAUAUUUAGCAAUACUGUCCUGAUCUGUGAACUGUUUAGUUAUGAGCCUAGUAGUACUCUUUUCCAACUCAGUGGACGAGAUAAAUGUCCUGCUGUUUGGAAAAUCUGCCAUUAUGCAAUGUAUUAUGAAUGAUAAUCCAUUAAGAAUGUUGUGCAAGUCAUUUUCAUGACAAAUUUAAUUUAAUAAAGUAUAUAGCUGUA